AUGGUGUUCAACAGUGCGGCGGUUGUGGCGGUGGCCGAGGUCUCCACCGACGCGUGGCAGCUGAUUUGGAGGGUUCCGUCGUCGCGGAGGGUCAAUACAGAGCAGCUUCUGGACAUGGCGUUUAUCUUCCCGAUGCAACAAUUGAGUCGUUUCGUUCUCUGUUUAUGGACUUUUAUGUGUCUUCCUUCCUCUGAUUCCUUCUACUCCUACGCCUACGAGACCCUAUCUGCUUCUUCUUCGUCGGAUGCUGAUGAUGAUGAUCGGCUUGCUUUUGAUCACAAUCUCUACAAUUAUCGUGACUAUUCUGAUGAUGAAUAUGAUGAUGAUGAUCGAUCUUCUUCUGCUUCGUUUGAUGACUAUUAUAAUCAUUACUCUCAUUCAGAUUGA